CUAGUGACAGACGAGAAGAUGGCGAGAGGUCCUCGGAGCUUGAGAAAUGUCGCAGAGUGUGUGAAGCGCUUGCCGUCCGCAUCAAGCCGGGACGUUCACUCCAGGAACAACGUCAGAUACUUGUCGUCAUGUGGGAUCCUGAUGAACCGCGUACCCCCUCUGCUUGGUGCUGCCAUGCCCAUGGGCCGCGGUGUUGUCCUGCCCAUUCGUGCUUUCUUCAAUCUUGCUGAUUCCUUGUCCAAGAGGAGGGAGUACUCCGAGAGACGCAUCAUCGGGUAUUCAAUGCAGGAGAUUUAUGAAGUGGUGGCAGGUGUGGAGGACUACCGCCUCUUUGUUCCCUGGUGCAAGAAGUCCGACGUGAUCUUCAAGCGAACCGGGUUCUGCAAGGCCAAGCUGACAGUGGGCUUCCCUCCUGUGGUGGAGAACUAUACCUCGCUUGUCACCACAGUGCGCCCCCACUUGGUCAAGGCGUCCUGCUCAGAUGGCAAGCUGUUCAACCACCUGGAGACCGUUUGGCGUUUUAGCCCUGGCCUGCCAGGAUACCCUCGGACCUGCACUGUGGACUUUGCUAUAUCCUUUGAGUUCCGUUCGCUCAUCCACUCGCAGCUCGCUCACGUCUUCUUCGACGAGGUGGUCAAGCAGAUGGUGUCGGCCUUCGAGCGCCGGGCCUCCAAGAUCCACGGUGCAGAGACGCCCAUCCCCCGCGAGCUCAUGUUCCACGAGGUUCACCACACGUAGCAUUGCAUAUACGUUUUUAAAAAAAAAGGUCAAAAACAUGUCUUCCAAAUGAGAUUAGCAGCGUGCCUUUUUCAUGCAGGAUUAUUUUUAGUAAUGAAGUGGCUCACUGUGAAUGCAGAUUUUUGUUUUUCCGCUAUGCCUGCUUGAAAAAUUGGACAGAAUCAUGUUACAAGCCUCUCUCAAUGGAGUUCAAAGGUCAUGCUCAGGCCAACAAAGCUUUUGUUAAAACAGAGAAGACCACCCACUAUGUCACAGUAGUUUGUUAUAAUGCUUCUUUCAGUGGUACUAAUAAUAGCAAUAUGCUUCUUGAGUCAUGUUUUUGGGGGAACACCUGCCUUUAUUUUAUUUCUACUUCACCACACUAUAUUAGCUACGGUAAAUGCCGCACACACACACGAGUUGGAUCUCUGUAUCAUAAUUAGCCUUUGUUGUUUCGCAAGUGUGCAAUAUAAGAAACUUUGUUUUUAAACUAGUACCCACUGUUGGUACCCCAUUAGGAUGUGGUUUCAGCGAGGCCAGCACAAUUCCAACUGUACCCCCUCCCCCCACUCGCAUAUUUAUCGUUACUUUUAAGAAAACCGCGCUCACAUAUUUAUUGUGUAAAUAUCACAAUGAGCUGCUUAAAAAUGUAUUUUUGUUUGAGAAAGGGAUUUGGUGUGUGUUGACUGAUUUAAGAAAAAUGAUGUACUGACAGCAUGAUGUAUAAAGUUUUUUUUUUAAAAAAACAUUGGUGUAGUUCUAUCAGUUGCAGCCCCCACCCCACCAAGACGGGACAGAAAUAGGCUCAUCAUGUGAGCAGUAAGAAUAAACUACCAGUAGUUACACUGUCCUUGAAGGUGACACCUUUAAAAGGUCUGGACAAAUUAGCAAAAAGACUGACAACCCAAGAGGGUAACACAUUCAAAUUUAUUUAACUGAAAAAUCACCACUAAUCUGUCUACAUUGUACAAAACAAAUGGAA